AUGCUAAUAUUAAAUCUGGACUUAAUAAAUGCCUCAUCCCAAGGCUGGGUGUCUCAUGUUAAAAAGCUACUCGACAAAGGUGCGGAUGUGAAUGCUCGAGGUGGAUAUUUCGGUACUGUUCUACAAGCAGCUGCAUAUGGGGGAAAGCGUAAGAUUGUGACGAUCUUACUCGACAGGGGUGCGGAUGUAAAUGCUCAAGGUGGAGAGUACGGCAAUGCUCUACAGGCAGCUGCAUCUUGGGGACGUCGAGAGAUUGUGACGAUCUUGCUCAACAGGGGUGGAGAGUACGGCAAUGCUCUACAGGCAGCUGCAUCUUGGGGACGUCGAGAGAUUGUGACGAUCUUGCUCAACAGGGGUGCGGAUGUGAAUGCCCAAGGUGGAUAUUUCGGCAAUGCUCUACAAGCAGCUGUAUAUGGGGGACAUCGUGAGAUCGUGACGAUCUUACUCGACAAGGGUGCGGAUGUGAAUGCUCCAGGUGGAGAGUACGGCAAUGCUCUGCAUGCAGCUGCACGUUGGGGACAUCGAGAGAUUGUGGCGGACUUACUCGACAAGGGUGCGGAUGUGAAUGCUCAAGAUCGAUAUUCCAACAAUGCCCUACAAACAGCUGCACAUGAGGGACAUCGAGAUACUGUGACGAUCUUAAUCGACAGGGGUGCGGAUGUGAAUGCUCAAGAUCGAUGUUUCCACAAUGCUCUACAUGAAGCUGCAUAUAAGGGACAUCGAGAGAUCGUGACGAUUUUACUCGACAAGGGUGCGGAUGUGAAUGCUCAAGGUGGACAAUACGGCAAUGCUCUACAAGCAGCCGCAUAUAUGGGACAUCGAGAGAUUGUGGCGGUCUUACUCGACAGGGGUGCGGAUGUGAAUGCUCCAGGUGGACAGUACGGCAAUGCUCUGCAUGCAGCUGCACGUUGGGGACAUCGAGAGAUUGUGGCGGACUUACUCGACAAAGGGUGCAGAUCUACAAACGGGAACACUCAAGGUGGAUAUUACGGCAAUGUUCUACACGCAGCUGCACAUGGGAGACAUCGAGAGAUUGUGACGAUCUUACUCGACAAGGGUGCGGAUGUGAAUACUCAAGGUGGAUAUUACGGCAAUAUUCUACACGCAGCUGCACAUGGGAGACAUCGUGAGAUUGUGACGGUCUUACUCCAUCACGGUGCAGACGUCACAAUUUAG